AUGUUGAAAUGGAUAAGCGACAUCGCGUCACCGCGACAAGACAGUGUUGAGGAUCAGAGAAAGAAAUUGGGCGACACCGAUGACAGUCUAAUGAUCGAUCUUGUCGUGAGCGAAGUUGAGCAUCAAGUGACACAAUUUGAGACAAAUGAGGAACGCCGAAAGUCACAUGUGAGCACGGGAAGACCCGACUAUUCAUGGCUAGUCACCGAUCCGAAUAUGAGACCGAAAAAAUGGCUGACACCGGAGGAGAGAUCAAAACUCGAGGAGGCUUGUGAAAGGAUGAAACCUGAUGAGUGGAGUACACUGAUGACAACGUGGAAAGGAAGGACAAAAGACAUCGAAAGUCGACAACAGAUCUUUGAUAUUUUCUUGUCUUGUGUGCAAGAAGUGCUGGCUGCUCGACCGCGGCAACAAUCGAUCGGCGAUGUGUUGCGGAGAUAUCUUCGAUCUGAGUCCAGCAUGAAUUCGGUGGACGACUCUCCCCGUUACUCGAAUCCCCUCGGCUCAACUCGUUCACUCGCCGACAUUCAUUUUCGAGAUUUCACCGAUGUUGUC